AUGACUGAGCUCCUAACCCUAGCUGAAAAAUACAUUAAUAUAGAGGAAACACUAAAUCCAAGGAGACCUGGUCCUUCCCAUGAAAAGACAGAGAACAAGAGGAACGAGGCGCCAUCAGCACCUCUCACUCGGUUGAACACCUCUAAAACAAACAUUUUGAUGGAGGUUAAGGAUAUGAAAGAAUUAAAGUGGCCUUCAAGGAUGAAGUCGUCCCCUGACACAAGAGAUAGGGGCAAGUAUUUCGAAUUUCACCGGGAUCAUGGGCAUACUAUAGAUGAUUGUCAUGCUUUACAGCGAGAAAUUGAAGCCCUUAUCAAAAGAGGGUUUUUAAAGAAUUACAUUGGUCAUGAUAAACGGCCAAGGAAUGACUGUGACAAUCGAAAAGAGCCUGGGGCUGGAAGCAGUGCUCAACCCACUGCCGGAACUAUUAAUAUUAUCGUUGGGGACAUAGCGUCCGGCGGAGACACAAGAUUUGGUGGUGGAGUCAUUAUCCCUGAAGGCAUCAUCGAGCUGAAUAAGAUCCAGGCUAUUGUGUCAACUUUUUACCUCGCCAUGAAGUUCUCCACAGGUCAUUGCAUCAGAGUAGUUCGAGGAGACCAAACAGCGGCUAGACAGUGCUAUGUUACAAGCAUCCGAGGCAUGAGUGCUGACGUCAUGCAACUCGCAGACCUGAAGCUCGAGCUCGAGCCAAGGGGUAGAUUGGCCCUCGUUGAAGAAUUGGAAGUGGUCGAGCUUGAGCACGAAAAAGCUGUUACUAUUGGUCGGGAUCUGAAGGCCAACCUCCGAGAGAAAGUCAUCAGUUGUCUGUCCCACAACAUUGAUGUUUUUGCAUGGAAGGUGGGGGAUAUGCCAGGGAUAGACCUAGAAGUAGCUGUCCAUAAACUUAAUAUCAGCCCAAGGGCCAAAUCUGUUAAGCAAAGGAAGGGACAGUUUGCACCGAAAAGACGUGUGGUCAUUCAGGAAGAAGUCGGCAAAUUGUUGGGAGCGGGGUUCAUAAGGGAAGUCCAAUACCCCGAUUGGCUCGCUAAUGUUGUUCUGGUGAAAAAGCCCAGAGGGUAUCAUCAAAUCCUCAUGGCCAAAGAAGACCAAGAGAAGACUUCAUUCAUGGCUGAUUUAGCCAUAUAUUGCUAUAGGGUGAUGCCAUUUGGGUUGAAAAAUGCUAGGGCAACAUAUCAGAGGCUCAUCAACAAAGUCUUCGUCGAUUUGAUAGGGAAGAACAUCGAGGCCUAUGUGGAUGACAUGGUUGUGAAAAGUAAGAAGGUGGAGGAACAUAUAUCCUACCUUGAGGAGGUGUUCGCCACCCUACGAAAAUAUAAGAUGAAGUUCAACCCAGAGAAGUGUGUAUUUGGCAUAGUUUCAGGAAAGUUUCUGGGUUUCAUGAUCACUCAUCGGGGGAUUGAGGCUAACCCCGACAAAAUUCAAGCUCUGGCAGUAAUGGAAUCGCCAAGGACCAAGAAAGAGAUUCAAAAGUUGAUAGGUAGGGUAGCCGCCUUAAAUAAGUUCAUGUCUCGAGCAGCAAACAUGUGCUUCCCCUUCUUCAAAGCCCUCAGGGGUAAUCAUUGCUUUGAAUGGAGUGAAGAGUGUGAGAAGGCUUUCCAGGAGCUCAAGCAGACAUUGGAAUCUCCUCUUAUCCUUACCAAACCCAAGCCCGGAGAUACUCUGUAUUUGUACUUAGCCGUAUCUCAGAAUGCAGUGAGUGGUGUCUUGGUGAAAGAGGUUAACAGAGAAACAAGAUACACUUUGGCAGAACAACUUGCCCUUGCACUGAUAGUAGCAGCACGAAAACUUCGGCAAUAUUUUCAGUUACAUCCUAUUGUUGUGCUCACCAAUCAGCUUCUAAAACACAUUCUUCAGAAACCAGACGUUUCAGGAAGACUACUGCAGUGGGCAAUUGAACUUGGAGAAUUUGACAUAGAAUUCAAGCCCCGUCCUUCUAUCAAAGCUCAGGCCUUAGCUGACUUCAUUGCAGAACUCACCCUAAGGCCUCGGGGGCCAGAUGGUAGCUCGAGCUCGACCACAGGCAUGUGGCAAAUUUUCAUAGAUGGAGCAUCAAACUCUUCGGGCUUGGGUGCAGUGGUCAUAAUCAUAAGCCCAGACAUGCUGAUAAACAUUCAGUGUGCACUCAGGUUCGAGUUUGAAGGGACCAAUAAUGAAGCAGAGUAUGAGGCCGUCAUCAUAGCCAUGGAACUCGCCAUAAAUCUCGAGCUUGAAAAUAUCAAAAUUUACAGUGAUUCCCAGUUGGUGGUUGAACAAAUCGAAGGGACGUUCAAUAGGAAGGAUGAGAAGAUGAGCUUAUACUGUUUGAAAGUGCAUGAUCUCCAAAGAAAGUUCAAGAGUUGUGAAAUUGUAAAAAUUUCUCGGGCUAAGAACUGUAGGGCCGAUGCCUUGUCAAGAUUGGUGUUCAUGGGAAUCAAUGGGCUUGACAGGACAGUCCAUGUCAGAAUUAUAACCGAGUCAAGCAUCAAUCAGACCAUAAGCGUCAUGGAUAUUGAUAAUGAGCCAUCGUGUAUGGACCCAAUAGUGGACUUCAUAAAACAUAGCAGUCUUCCAGAGGAUCCUUGGGCAGCGAGAAGCAUCCGGUCCAAAGCUCUGAGGUACUGCAUGAUUGAAGGUGUUUUAUUUCGCAGGAGCCUCACACUUCCAUAUCUCAGAUACCUUAGGCCUUCCGAAUCAUCCCAGGCCCUAGAAGAAGUUCAUGAAGGUGUAUGUGGGAACCAUCAAGGAGCUCGGGCAUUAGCCUUCAAGCUCAUAAGGUAUGGAUAUUAUUGGCCAACCAUGAAGAAAGACGCUCAGGAAUAUGUCAAGAAGUGUGACAAGUGCCAAAGGGAACAAUUGAAGUUUGUGGCUGUGGCUGUAGAGUACUUCACUAAGUGGGUUGAGGCCGAGGCUUUAGCAACAAUUUCAGAGCCUAAGUUGAGAGAUCUCCGUACAAGGAUUGGAGAGGAAAGAGGUUCCUGGUCUGACGAGUUACCCUCCAUACUUUGGACAUAUAGAACGUCCUACAGAACCGCUAUGGGGAAAACCCCCUCCAUGUUAGCUUUCGGUAUUGAAGCCACCGUCCCUAUUGAAGUCAGGUUGCCCAGCCAAAGAAGACUUGAGCUCAAAGAUGCAGGGCGCACCACUGAACAACUCGACCUCUUGGAAGAGGUUCACAAUCUGGCAGCUUUAAAAAUGGCCUCUGACCAAGAUAGAAUAGCAAAGUAUUUCAAUAAAAAAAGUGAGGACACAAAGAUUCAGGGCUGGAGACCUUGUGUUAAGAAGGGCAGAAGCAGCAGGUCAUGCUUCGGGAAAGCUAGGACCAGUUUGGGAAGGGCCCUUCGAAGUCAUACAACAACUCCAAGGAGGCGCAAACAAUUUAAGGGAUAUGUCAGGAAGGCCGCUUCCAAGACCAUGGAACGCCGAGAACUUAAAGAUAUAUUACAAGUAACUUGGUCUUCCGGUUAUCAGUAG